ACAGUCAAUAUCUGCGGUGCUGCUCGGGGCAACGUCAUAUCGUUGAGUUUACCGGACGUCCCAGUGAUCCCGUUUAGACUCUUCGAGAGAAGGAUAGAGAGUGGGAAAGAGGAAAGAGUGCUUGGGGAUGGCGGACAAAUCUCUCACGGUGUUCGUGAAGCUGUUCGCCGCGGUAUUUUACGGACUCAGUUCUUUUCUCAUCGUCGUGGUAAACAAGAGCAUCCUCACAAACUAUAGGUUCCCCUCGUCAAUAUGUGUCGGCAUCGGGCAAAUGCUGGCCACCGUGGUCGUGCUGUGGGUGGGCAAGGCUCUGAGGGUGCUGAGUUUCCCAGACUUCGACCAUAGUAUACCUCGCAAGACCUUCCCACUCCCUUUCUUGUACGUAGGGAACCAGAUAACUGGACUGUUUGGGACAAAACGGCUAAACCUGCCGAUGUUCACAGUCCUCAGGAGGUUCUCCAUCCUCUUCACCAUGAUGGCUGAAGUUCUGCUGCUCAAGAAGACAUUCUCCAGGCCUGUCCAGCUAACAGUGUUUACUAUGAUCCUGGGGGCGUUUGUAGCGGCAAGUGCUGACCUGUCGUUCGACCUCCAAGGCUAUGUGUUUAUUCUGCUAAAUGAUGUUCUGACUGCAGCUAACGGAGCCUACGUCAAGCAGAAGCUUGACUCCAAGGAGCUGGGGAAGUAUGGCUUGCUGUAUUAUAAUGCGUUGUUUAUGAUCUUUCCAACAAUGCUGCUAGCUCAACUCACUGGAGACGUUCAGAGGGCGGUGGAGUAUGAUGGCUGGUCAGACAUCCUGUUUCUCAGCCAGUUCAUCCUAUCCUGUAUAAUGGGGUUUGUGCUGAUGUAUUCUACAGUGCUCUGUACACAAUACAACUCAGCUCUAACCACCACCAUCGUGGGCUGUAUCAAGAAUAUUCUAGUGACAUACAUCGGGAUGGUGUUUGGUGGAGACUACAUUUUCUCUUGGACAAAUUUCAUUGGUUUAAAUAUCAGUAUUGCAGGUAGCCUGGUGUACUCCUACAUUACUCUGACAGAGGAACAGUCCAGUAAACCCUCUGAGAACGCCAUGGAGAUCAAGGGGAAAGUGGUGGUGUGACAUCGGUAUGCCAGAGGAAAAGUCACUGGAGAUCCUUUUUCAAAUGUUAAUGGUACAAGAGAACAUUCUAUUUUUGGUACAUGUUGUAUUUAUGGACUUAACAGCUGUGGUUACCAUAGCAACCAACUGGACACCCCACCAUGGCAACAGGCUCCUCCCACUGGACAUGUGGAUUAGGAGGGUGUUGCUGGGGCAACAUGAUUUUAAAGGGUGCUUUUACUUAACUUCCUCAUGUUUAGUCAUUAGACGAUUACAUCAUGGAGAGCACGGUCUUCCCGUUUUUGGUGAAAUGGGUUCAUGGGGAUUGAAUUCUCUCCUGAUGUCAGAACCAAGCAGAAUGUGUGGAAUGUUCCCUCAAACAGGAAUGGUCCAAUGGAAUCUGAGGCAGUAUUAUGUGGGUGCUGGUAUGUGCAUAAGAUGUUGUCCAUCAUACAGUUGAAGUCGGAAGUUUACAUACAUAUACACCUUAGCCAAAUACAUUUAAUCUCAGUUUUUCACAAUUCCUGACAUUUAAUCCUAGUAAAAAUCCCAUGUCUUGGGUCAAUUAGGAUAACCACUUUAUUGUCAGAAUAAU